GCCAACUGUAGUUGCAGAUUUUGUAAUUUUUAUUUAUUUUAAAUGCAUUUAAGUAUCACAAUACAUGAUUGACCUAUUUAUGAUUAACAUAACUAUUGUUGAUCUAUUAUUAAUAUUUUAACUUCUCACUGAUUUUUCACAAAAUCACCCUAAAAAAUUUCAUAAUUUAACAUAAAAAUUCCCGCUGUUUCAGGCAAGUCAAAGUAUCCAAAAAAAAAAAAAGAACCAAACAAACAAAGACUUCAUGCAUGUUCUCUAUAUACAUCUAACAAAAGGAUCUAACUUUUUCAAACCAAGAGAAAGAAAAAGAAGAUGAAUAACAAGAUGUUUUCAGGUUCUUUUUUCUUGAUCUUGAUCAUUUUUGCUACGAACUGGUUGAGCACUGAAGCCCAGAAAUGCAAUCCUAGUGGCCAACUUAGGGGGAAAGAGCCUCCUCCAGGACAAUGUAACCAAGGCAAUGACUCCGAGUGCUGCAAAAAAGGCAAGCUUUACCCCACCUACACGUGCUCGCCUCAGGUGUCUAAGAAAACGAAAGCAACCUUGACCAUCAACAGCUUUCAAAAGGGUGGUGAUGGUGGCAGUCCAUCAGCAUGUGACAAUAAGUUCCACUCGGAUAAGACUCCUGUUGUGGCAUUGUCGACGGGCUGGUACAACAAAGGGAGCCGGUGUUUAGGCCAUAUUACCAUCCAUGGUAAUGGAAGGAGUGUCAAAGCGAUGGUUGUCGACGAGUGCGACUCCACAGUAGGAUGUGAUGCAGAGCACGAUUACCAGCCUCCGUGUGCUAACAAUUUGGUUGACGCCUCUAAAGCUGUUUGGAAGGCCUUGGGAGUGUCAGAAAGUGACCCAAAAUGGGGUUUUAUGGAUAUAUUCUGGUCUGAUGCGUAAUUGAGUGGUUUCCUCCAUUUUUCCAAUAAAAAUUAGUGUGAAAGGUUCAAUGCUUUUGUUGGGCUAGCUCAUGCCUAAUACUGCGACUCUGUCAAGAGUGUGAAGCUGUACAACAUGUUGUACUAUCAUCAUCUCUCUUCUUUCUUCUUUCCUAUUUCCAAGUUUAUGGGGAAUAAAGUUCACUUGAAUUAGUGAAAUGAGUAAACUUCUUUUGUCAUAUAAUUGACAUUGUAUGUUUGUCUUUCUCUUUCUGGUGUCUUAUUUUGUUAGACUGUCAAUUUAACACUAUGCAUUAAUUCAAACAAUAGUCCAAAUAACCAAUCGUUUUUAAUUUGACAGUAUGAUAUAAUAAUCAACAUGACAUUAAUAUUCAACGUCUGAAUUACAAGAAGACGUUAUCAUCACGUGUAAAUCUUAUUUUGCAUCCAUAUUUAGUCCUAAGUUUAAUUAGAAGCCCUCUCAAGAUCCAAAAGGAUUUUCUUUCUGGCUAUUUCUUUAGUUGAUAUAUUUUAGUAUCUUUUUUAGCUGUACAUCAUCAGAUAUUUGAAUCAACCAAGAAAUACAGAAGAAACCAUAAAUACAUGAUUUGUAUGAUGGUGAUAAAAUAAAAACAGAGAAGCUUUUCGAUGUUUUCAUUACUGCCUGCCGAUCAUCAGAUAGUGUUUAUGAUAAAUUUUAAUUCAUUUACCUCACUAAUUGUAUUACAAAACACCACGUGUUUGAAGCAGUAUACUCUAUCUGAAGAGAAGAUUACAAACAUGUCAUAAUUUGACAUGAAAAAACAGCUGUUUCAGGCAGUAUUAGGCAUCAGAAGGAAGAUUGAAGAAGAUCAUGAAGGCUUAGAUUUAUAUCUGCAGGUGAUUUUCUCUUCAUCUUACUCGUUCUUGUAACAAACUGUUUGAGCAUCGAAGCUCAUACAUGCAACCCUACUGGAAAUAUUACGGGGGGGGAAAGCCUCCUCCAGGACAAUACAACCAAGAGAAUGACUUUGACGGCUAAAAGAAAGGAAAGGUUCAUGCGUUCGUAAGAUAUUUGUCAUGUUAUAUUGUUAGUUUCAUUCAAACAACAGUGACAUAAACUAAUAGUUUUAUGUCGACAAGUCCAACAACAUAACAUACAAUUAUGUCUGGCAAAAGAACAUUUUCAUUCUUAUAUGUCGAAAAGAAAAGAAAAUGACUGGAAGCCAAGCCACUGAUGCUUAACCUGUUCAUCAAUCUUUGAAUGUCAAGCUUCCUUAAUAGCUUUGAUAAAGUUAGGAGGUUUGAUUUAACCAUUUAUAGAUGCUUGAAAAUGCAGAACAAAACAUCAAUACUUCUAACCAUGAUUACAACAGUUUGCAUACAUCUGUGUACACUUCAAUGAUUGACAAUAAACAUUAAACAGAACACCAGCAGAUACGUCUUACGAUUUACAAGUACUGCUAUGAAAAUCCAAAACCGGAUACAUUGGCAGGACAAACUUUACCACAUCCAAGUAGACCUAUUACAACAUACUAUCCGUUCUUGCUGGCAGCCUUCUGAAGAAGUUAAUCGGGGCUGAUGGCAUCUUACCCCUGAACCUCGGGUGCCUCAUGAGGUAAACGCCACCGAGAAGAACCAGGACCUGAAAAGGGGUCACGUAUAACACAAUAGCAGCCAUGAGACAGAAAGUAA